CUAUGGGAUUUCAAGAUGGCGUCAAGCGGAGGAGAUGGGGAGCACGAAUGGACAGCGGCUGUUCGGCCGCUGUUAUCAGCUUCGUACACAGCUUUUGAAACGAAGGAGCUACCUCAGCUUAUUGGCUCUAUAAUUAACAGUGAAUCUGACAUUCUUCACCACGACAAACAGUAUGAGCCUUUCUACUCGUCGUUCGUGGCUCUGUCUGCACAUUACAUCACCACAGUUUGUGGACAAAUACCAAGAAAUCAGUUGCUGUCGGUUGGGGCAGCGUGCAAAGUAUUGAUUGAAUUCUCAUUGCUGCGCCUGGAGAACCCAGAUGAGGCAUGUGCAGUGUCACAGAAACACCUGAUUCUUCUAAUAAAAGGACUUUGCACUGGCUGCAGCAGACUGGAUCGCACGGAGAUCAUUACUUUCACUGCUAUGAUGAAGUCUGCCAAGUUGCCUCAAACCAUCAAGACCCUGUCAGAUGUGGAAGAUCAGAAGGAGUUGCCCGGUAUUGUGAACCCAGAGCUUCGUCAAAAGGAAGUACAAAUGAACUUUUUUAAUCAGCUGACUUCAGUUUUUAACCCUGAUCUCACCACCAUCUUGACCUCCCCAUCAGCAGCACACAUGCAGGCUGAGAGUGAUGGCGAUGACCAAACUACAGAUCAAGCUGUUCAGGCUAAAAUGAAAAAUGCCUUUGUGUCUCAGAAUGUGUCAAGCUUACAGGAACUUGGUGGGUCUGAGAAGUUGCUACGAGUGUGCCUCAACCUGCCCUACUUUCUACGUUACAUUAACCGCUUCCAGGAUGCUGUGUCUGCAAACUCUUUCUUUAUCAUGCCUGCCACAGUGGCUGAUGCCACUGCUGUCCGCAAUGGAUUUCACUCACUGGUGAUAGAUGUGACCAUGGCUCUGGACACACUUUCCUUGCCUGUAUUGGAACCCCUGACACCAGGGCGACUACUGGAUAUGACUGUGCUGGCUUUGAGCUGUCUCUAUGCUGGUGUGAGUGUAGCCACAUGCAUGGCCAUUCUUCAGGUAGGUAGUGGCUUGCAGCUUCGCUCUGCCUCCACUGGGACUAAAGAAGAAGACUAUGAAAAUGAUGCUGCCACAAUCGUCCAGAAAUGUCUGGAGAUCUAUGAAAUGAUUGGGCAAGCAAUCAGUAACUCUCGCAGAGCUGGAGGAGAGCAUUAUCAGAACUUCCAGCUACUUGGAGCCUGGUGCCUCUUGAACAGCCUGUACCUGAUUCUAAACCUGAGCCCAACUGCCCUAGCUGAUAAAGGGAAGGAGAAGGAUCCACUGGCUGCCCUGCGUGUUCGAGAUAUUGCUGCUCGAACCAAGGAUGGCGCAGGAUCGCCUAAACUUGGUCCUGGCAAAGGACACCAAGGAUUUGGAGUCUUGUCUGUGAUUCUGGCCAAUCAUGCCAUCAAGCUUUUGACCUCGCUUUUCCAGGAUCUGCAAGUAGAGGCUCUGCACCGAGGUUGGGCCAGUGAUGGACCACCAGCUGAGCUCAACAUCAUGGCACAGAGCACUUCAAUCCAGAGGGUCCAAAGACUCAUUGACUCUGUGCCUCUGACCAAUCUACUCUUCAAUCUUCUCUCCACAUCCUACAAAAAGGCUUGUGUUCUCCAGCGCCAGAGGAAGGGCUCAGUAAGCAGUGACGCCAGUGCCUCUACAGAUUCAAACACCUACUAUGAGGAUGACUUCAGUAGUACAGAGGAGGACAGCAGCCAAGCAGAGAGAAGACAGGAGAAGACAAGUGCAGCUUGUGUCUCAGAUGAUGACAGUGAGCCCAUCUUGGGACUGUGGUUUGAGGAGACAAUUUCUCCAACCAAAGAUAAAGUAGCCCCCCCACCACCACCACCACCUCCACCCCUCGAGACCUCUCCCAGACUGAAGAGCCCCAGCAAACAGAAUCCAAGUGAGAAUGGCAACAUUUUAGCGGGCCGUAAGGAUCCAGAACUGUUCCUCAGCUUGGCUUCUAGCAUUCUGAACUUUAUCACCACAUCAAUGCUGAAAUCCAGGAAUAACUUCAUCCGCAACUACCUGAGUGUGUCUCUAACAGAGCAGCAUAUGGCUACACUAGCGAGCAUCAUCAAAGAUGUGGACAAAGAUGUGAAAGGUUCCUCAGAUGAAGUGUUUUCCUUAGCUCUGUACCACUUCAACCACACUCUAGUAACCUCAGAUCUUCCAUCCCCGGCCUUGCAGAACACCCUUCUUCAGCAGUUAGGUGUUGCUCCCUUUUCAGAGGGUCCCUGGCCUCUGUACAUUCACCCUCAGUCAUUGUCGGUCCUCUCCAGACUUCUCCUCAUAUGGCAGCACAAAGCCACUGUGCAGGGAGAACCAGAUGUGCCUGAGUGUAUGAAAGUCUGGGAAAGAUUUUUAGGGACCUUGAAACAACACACCAUCCAGGGUUCCAUACAUGGAGAAGAUGACCUUAAUGUUGAACACCUCCAGCUGCUGUUGCUCCUUUUCCACAAUUUGUCCGAACGUGGCCGUCGAUCAGUCCUCACCAUGGUAACGCAGGCCAUUUCUGAAGUUGCACAGAGCAGAGACUCCCAGCUGAAGACUGUCCCUCUCAACCUUGCCCGCCUGUUGCUGGUGUUUGACUACCUGCUGCGCCACUACUCCAAGGCUCCCUUAUACCUUUUUGAACAGGUACAGUACAACCUCCUUACUCCACCAUCCACUGGACCAGCCUCUGUUCAGGAAGGUGGCAAACGGAGCAGUCUCCCGCUUUACUAUGGAUUUAAAGAUGUGGAGGAGAACUGGGCUAAACACUGUUCAGCAGAUUCAAGCGGUCAGCCCAAAUUCUACUGUGUUCUCUCUCCUGAGGCAUCUGAGGAUGAUAUCAGCAGACUAGAUAGCAAGGUUUUUCCAAAGCUAUUCAACGGGGCUGUUAAGUAUGAUGAGCUGUAUGCAUGGCUCAUCUCACUUUUGGCUGCAGGUUCUCAGUUUGACACAGCAAGAAGACAAGAGAGUAAACCCAUCACUCCUAUGGAGGCCUGCUCCCUUCAGUACUACUUUUUGGUACUAUGGAGAAUCCUGGGCAUUUCGCCACCCUCCAAAGCCUUCAUGGAGCAGUUGAAGGCAGGUUGCAGUGACCCCAGUGAAAGUGACAUCCUGCAUACUCUGCGAUGGUCUUCACGUCUGAGGGUGCCUACAUACGUGAACUGGAUCAAGGAACACUUGGUAAAGCAGGGAAUGAAGGCAGACCAAGCAGCCUCUCUUGUUGAGAUGACAGUUGCUAAAUGCAGCAGUGUUAAAUAUGAUGUUGAGCUAGCAGAAGAAUACAUUGCCCGACAGAUUUCCACCUUCUCAGGCGUAGACACAAAUGUCGUCCUUCCACUUCAUCAGUUGCCCUGUCUUCAAGGCAUCUAUACCUUGGAUGCAGUCAUCUCUAAAGUUCAGGUUUCCUUAGAUGAGCAUUUGUCCAAGGUUGCGAUUGAGGCAGACACCCAAAAAUCAUCUGAAAUCACAAAAAACCUACUGCCUGCUACUCUACAGCUCACAGAGAUUUAUACUGCCUUCACAAGAUCUUACCUGCUGAUGAACAUCCCAGAAGAAGGUGAAAACAAGCUGACCGAUGCCAAGCUCCAAGGUUAUGCUGCAGUUCUUUCCAUUGGCUCCACCAGAUGCAAGGCUAACAUGCUGGGUCAUAGUAUAAUGCAGAACUUGCCAUCAGUUGUGCAGACAACAUGUGAGACUUGGAACAGCAUCCACACCAAUGAGUUCCCCAACAUUGGCUCAUGGCGAAAUGCAUUUGCCAAUGACACCAUUCCCUCAGAGAGCUACAUCAGUGCCAUCCAAGCAGCUCAUCUUGGCACAUUGAGUUGUCAGUCCUUGCCUCUGGCCUCUUCUCUGAAGCACAUCCUUCUGUCCCUGGUUCGCCUCACUGGUGACCUCAUUGUAACAGAGGAGCUGAAUCCCACACAGGUUGUAAGCACUCUGCUGCCCCUCCUCCUGGAGAGCAGCACAGAGAGCGUAGCAGAGAUCAGCAGCACUUCACUGGAGCGCAUCCUCGGCCCAUCAGAGUCGGAUGCCUUCCUAGCUCGCAUCUAUGAGCGUUUGGUCACUGGGUGUUACAACAUUAUUGCCAAUCACUCAGACCCCAACAGCGGUUUGGAUGAGUCUGUCCUUGAGGAAUGCCUGCAGUACCUUGAAAAACAGCUCGAGAGCACUCAAGUUCGAAAGGCAAUGGAAGAAUUCUUUUCGUUCAGUGGUGAGCUUGUCCAGAUUAUGAUGGCAACAGCCAACGAAAACCUGUCAGCAAAGUUCUGUAACAGGGUGCUGAAAUUCUUCACCAAGCUUUUCCAGCUCACGGAAAAAAGUCCAAACCCAAGCCUGUUAUGUCUGUGUGGCUCUCUGGCCCAGCUGGCCUGUGUGGAGCCCUCCCGCCUGCAGUCGUGGCUGACACGUAUGACUGCCACCCCACCAAAGGACUCAGAACAACUGGACAUAGUACAAGAAAACCGACAGCUACUGCAGCUCCUCACUACUCAUAUUGUGCGUGACAAUAGUCAGGUGGGCGAAGGAGUGUGCACUGUCCUCCUCAGCACUCUUAUUCCCAUGGCAACAGAUAUGUUGGCCAGUGGUGAUGGAACAGGCUUUCCCGAGCUUAUGAUCAUCAUGGCCACACUUGCCAGUGCUGGACAAGGUGCUGGUCAUCUGCAGCUUCACAGGGCUGCUAUUGAUUGGCUGACCAGAUGUAAAAAGUAUCUAACACAGAAAAAUGUGGUGGAGAAAGUGAGCACAAAUUUGUCCCAUGGAAAGCACGCCAGCAUGCUGGAAUGCUCUUGCCACAUCAUUUCCUAUCUUGCUGAUGUGAUGAAUGCUUUGAGGCAAAGCAGCGGUCAGGGUACCUCCGCAUUGCUCAUGGAGGGAGAUGAGAAAGCAAUGGAAGUUGACUCAGACUGGGUUGAAGAACUUGCAGUAGAGGAGGAUGAUUCCCAGGCAGAGGACUCUGAUGAAGACUCCCUUUGCAACAAACUCUGCACCUUCACCAUAACUCAGAAGGAGUUCAUGAACCAGCACUGGUACCACUGUCACACCUGUAAGAUGGUGGAUGGGGUAGGUGUGUGCACUGUGUGCGCCAAGGUCUGUCACAAAGACCAUGAGAUCUCCUAUGCCAAAUAUGGCUCUUUCUUCUGUGACUGCGGUGCCAAAGAGGAUGGCAGCUGCCAGGUGAGACCGAAUACUUCAGGUCAUCAUGGGAAGAGAACAACAGCGGCCCUGGUCAAACGCAGCCCCAGCAGUGGCAUGAGCUCCACUCUCAAAGAAUCUUCAGCUUUCCAGAGUGAACUGAGGAUGCCUGAAAGCGCAAUUCGCCAUCAGAAUGCUUCACCCUCUGACAAGGGCAAGGUCACCAUCUGUGAUGGCAAAUCUGGUGAUGAAGACAGGCCUAAGAAAAGCAGUGUGUGCAAGAGCAUUGAGGGCUGCCAGGAGGAGUUGCUAGCACAAGUGAUUGGGUCCUCCACUGCUGCAGUCAUACUUGAAAUGCUCAUGUUUCUCAUGGAGGCUAUCCAGACCAACUUCCAGCAGGCAUCCGCAGUUGGAAGUAGCAGCCGCGCUCAGCAAGCUCUCAAUGAACUGCAUACUCAGGAUAAAAAUGUGGAAAUGACAGACCAACUAAUGGUGCCCACCCUUGGGUCUCAGGAAGGGGCUUUUGAGAAUGUGAGGAUGAACUACAGUGGAGACCAGGGGCAAACCAUACGGCAGCUUAUCAGUGCACAUGUCUUGCGCCGUGUUGCUAUGUGUGUCCUGUCCUCACCCCAUGGCCGCCGUCAGCAUCUUGCAGUUAGCCAUGAAAAGGGAAAGAUAACAGUUCUGCAGCUGUCCACUCUACUAAAGCAAGCUGACUCAAGCAAAAGGAAGCUAACACUGACCCGUCUGGCCUCUGCCCCAGUUCCUUUCACUGUCCUCAGUCUCACAGGAAACCCCUGCAAUGAAGAUUACCUGGCUGUGUGUGGCCUAAAGGACUGUCAUGUACUAACUUUCAGCAGCACAGGCUCCGUGUCAGACCAUUUGGUGUUACACCCACAACUGGCUACAGGCAACUUUAUCAUCAAAGCAAUCUGGUUACCAGGUUCUCAGACCGAACUUGCCAUCAUCACUGCUGACUUUGUCAAGGUCUAUGACUUGUCCGUGGAUGCCCUGAGUCCCAUGUACUACUUCCUUCUACCUAGCUCCAAGAUCCGAGAUGCUACAUUCCUGUUCAAUGAAGAGGGGAAAAACAUCAUUGUAAUCAUGUCCUCAGCAGGUUACAUGUACACUCAGAUUAUGGAUGAAUCCAGUGGUGCCCAGCAUGGCCCUUUCUACGUCACAAAUGUAUUGGAGAUAACCCACGAGGAUUUGAAGGACAGCAACGGACAGGUGGCCGGUGGUGGAGUGUCUGUUUAUUACUCCCACGUCCUUCAGAUGCUGUUCUUCAGCUACAGCCAGGGAAAGUCUUUUGCUGCCACAGUGAGCCGCAGCACAACUGAUGUGCAGAGGCUCUUCCCCAUCAACAUCAAAGGCUCUAAUGGUGGAAGCGGUAAAAUGUCACCUGCUCUGUGCCAGUGGUCAGAAGUCAUGAACCAUCCAGGUCUGGUGUGCUGUGUCCAACAAACAACAGGCAUACCACUGGUAAUAAUGGUCAAACCUGACACCUUUCUCAUCCAGGAGAUAAAAACCCUGCCAGCUAAAGCCAAGAUUCAAGAUAUGGUAGCUAUCCGACACACUGCCAGCAAUGAGCAGCAGCGCACUACCAUGAUUCUUCUCUGUGAGGACGGAAGCCUCCGAAUCUACAUGGCAAAUGUAGACAACACCUCAUACUGGCUCCAGCCCUCACUGCAGCCCAGUUGUGGCAUCAGUAUCAUGAAACCUGUCCGCAAGCGCAAAGCUGCGGCUGCAACCACUCGAACUUCCAGCCAGGUGACCUUCCCUGUGGACUUCUUUGAACACAACCAACAACUAACAGAGGUGGAGUUUGGGGGUAAUGAUUUGCUGCAGGUCUACAAUGGUCAGCAGAUCAAACACAGGCUCAACUCCACAGGGAUGUAUGUGGCCAACACCAAGCCUGGGGGAUUCACUGUGGAAGUGGUGAAUAACAACAGUUCAAUGGUGAUGACGGGCAUGAGGGUGCAGGUGGGCACCCAGGCUAUUGAGAGGGCUCCUUCCUAUGUGGAGGUCUUUGGCCGCACCAUGCAGAUAAACUUGACAAGAGCUCGCUGGUUUGAUUUACCCUUCACCAGGGAAGAGGCUUUGCAGGCUGACAAGAAGCUCUCCAUAUUCAUUGGUGCAUCAGUCGAUCCAGCUGGAGUCACAAUGCUUGAUUCAAUCAAAAUCUACGGCAAAACAAAGGAGCAGUUUGGCUGGCCUGAAGAUCCACCAGAGGACUUCUCCUCUGCAUCAGUCAACAGUGUCUGCAGUCCCAGCCUCAACCAAGGCAACGGCACUUCUGAUGGAGACAUAGCCACCCCAACAACAACAAGUGGCAGUGUACUAGAGAGGUUGGUGGUCAGCUCCCUUGAAGCUUUGGAAAGUUGCUUUGCAGUAGGCUCAUCUGGUGAAAAGGAGAAAAACAAACCUGCAGCGCUGGAGUUGGCCACUUUACUCCUGUCCAUGCCGACUCCUGCAGGUGUGCAGCAGCAGACAAAGGGACUUCUUGCUAGCCUGCACACCAGUCGCACUGCCUACCACAACCAUAAGGACCAGUCCUUGCUGAGUAAUGCAGUACAGUGUCUGAAUAGUGGCAGCCGUGAGGGGAGGGAGCUUGACCCUGACGUCUUCCAGAGGCUUGUGAUCACUGCCCGCUCCAUUGCAAUCAUGAGACCCAACAACUUGGUGCAUUUUACAGAAAACAAAUUAUUGCACCAUGACACUGAAAUGACAGAGGAGGGGCAAAAACGUUUGGAUGGAGAAAGCUCUAACUUCAUUGCACAACUGAUGAAUAACUUCUGGAAGCUUCAUGCCUUGAAACCCAAGAAUGCAUUUCUUGCACCUGCUUGCCUGCCUGGUCUAACACAUGUGGAAGCAACAGUUAAUGCCUUGGUAGACAUCAUUCAUGCAUACUGCACCUGUGAACUGGAUUACAUCAACGUAGCUUCCAAAAUCUACAUGCAAAUGUUACUAUGCCCUGAUACAGCUGUGAGCUUUGCUUGUAAGCAGGCUCUGAUCAGAGUGCUGCGACCAAGAAACAAGCGACGUCAUGUGACACUUCCAUCUCCCCCACGUUCCAAUACACCUAUAGGAGACAAGGAUGACGAUGACGACGAUGAUGCAGAUGACAAAAUGCAAUCAUCUGUGAUAACUGGAGGUGAAGAGUCUCGGCAGGAGAGCCAAGAGCAGAAUGAAGUGGACCAUGGCGACUUUGAAAUGGUGUCUGAAUCAAUGGUCCUGGAGACGGCAGAGAAUGUCAACAAUGGAAAUCCAUCUCCUCUAGAGGCCCUUUUGGCCGGAGCUGAAGGUUUCCCGCCUAUGCUUGACAUCCCUCCUGAUGCCGAUGAUGAGACUAUGGUAGAGUUGGCCAUUGCUCUCAGUCUUCAGCAAGAUCAACAAGGCAGCAGCAGCAGUGCUCUUGGUCUUCAGAGUCUUGGCCUGUCUGGCCAGGCACCUAGCUCCUCUUCACUUGAUGCUGGCACCCUUUCAGACACCACAGCAUCAGCCCCGGCAUCAGACGAUGAAGGCAGCACAGCUGCUACUGAUGGCUCGACAUUGCGGACCUCCCCAGCUGAGCAUGGAGGCAGUGUGGGCUCAGAGAGUGGGGGUUCUGCUAUCGACUCUGUAGCAGGGGAGCACAGUGUGUCGGGACGCAGCAGCGCAUAUGGGGACACAACAGUGGAGGGCCACCCUGCUGGUCCAGGAAGUGUGAGUUCCAGUACUGGAGCCAUCAGUACUACAACAGCACAGCAGGAGGGUGAAGGCUCAGAAGGUGAAGGAGAGACCGAGGGAGACAUCCACACAAGCAACAGGUUGCACAUGGUUCGUCUUAUGCUGCUGGAGCGUUUGCUGCAGCAUCUUUCGCAGCUUCAUAACGUAGGUGGCGUUCAAGCCAUCCCAUACAUGCAAGUUAUUCUAAUGUUGACAUCUGACCUUGAUGGUGAGGAUGAAAAGGAUAAGGGCGCCUUGGAUGACCUGCUUUCACAACUCAUUGCUGAACUUUGCAUGCACAAGAAGGAUGUGUCCAAAAAAAAUGAGCGAAGCUCCAUAAAUGAAGUUCACCUGGUCAUCAUGAGGCUACUAAGUGUCUUUAUGUCUCGUACAAAGUCUGGCUCAAAAUCUUCUUCUGAGUCAUCAUCUCUGAUAUCCAAUGCCACCGCAACCGCUUUGCUCAGUCAGAGUGCCAUUGACUAUUGUCUCCACGUCCUAAAGUCACUCUUGGAGUUUUGGAAAAGCCAGCAGGGUGAGGAGGAGCCUGUGACCACUAGCCAGCUUCUCCGCACUCACACAGCCUCCUCUCCCCCUGACAUGAGCCCUUUCUUCCUGCGCCAAUAUGUCAAGGGACAUGCUGCUGAUGUCUUUGAAGCCUACUCCCAGUUGUUGACUGAAAUGGUGCUCCGGCUGCCGUAUCAGAUAAAGAAGAUUGCUGAGACAAACCCACGUAUUCCACCUCCUGUGUUUGACCAUUCCUGGUUUUACUAUUUAUCUGAAUAUCUGAUGAUCCAACAGACACCAUUUGUUAGAAGACAAGUCAGAAAGUUGUUACUGUUUAUCUGCGGCUCAAAGGAAAAAUACCGUCAGCUGCGAGAUCUACACACUCUUGACUCGCAUGUUCGCAGCAUCAAGAAGCUCCUGGAAGAACAGGGCAUCUUCCUCAGGGCUGGUGUGGUCACUGCCACAUCUGGUUCAGCACUGCAGUAUGAUACACUCAUAAGUCUGAUGGAACAUCUAAAAGCAUGUGCUGAAAUUGCAACUCAGAGAACAAUCAACUGGCAGAAAUUCUGCAUGAAGGAUGACUCUGUGUUGUACUUCCUGCUUCAAGUCAGCUUCCUGGUUGAUGAGGGUGUGUCUCCAGUUCUGCUUCAACUCCUCUCUUGUGCCCUGUGUGGCAGCAAGGUGCUGGCCAGCUCCUCCUCUUCUUCUUCAUCGUUCUCUGGAGGAGGCUCUGGUAGUGCUGGACAGACAGGUGCUUCUCAGUCCUCUCAAAGUAAAUCCUCCAGUAAAAAGAGCAAAAAAGAAGACAAAGAAAAAGAUAAAGAGGGGGAUGGUGUCAGCAGCCAAGAGGACCAGCUUUGCAUGAGUCUGGUCAGUCAACUCAACAAGUUUGCAGACAAGGAGACACUCAUCCAGUUCUUGCGCUGUUUCCUGCUAGAGUCAAACUCAUCGGCAGUUCGCUGGCAAGCACAUUGCUUAGCACUACAUAUUUACAGGAACUCCAGCAAAUCUCAGCAGGAGCUGCUGCUUGAGCUGACUUGGGCCAUCUGGCCAGAACUUCCUGCAUAUGGCCGCAAAGCUGCCCAGUUUGUUGACCUACUUGGAUACUUCUCACUCAAAACCCCUCAAACAGAGAAAAAGCUGAAGGAGUAUUCCCAGAAAGCUGUGGAAAUCCUGAGGGCACAGAACCAUAUUCUGACAAAUCACCCCAACUCCAACAUCUACAAUACUCUCUCUGGUUUAGUGGAGUUUGAUGGGUUUUAUCUUGAGAGUGACCCCUGCUUGGUGUGCAACAAUCCAGAAGUUCCAUUCUCAAAUAUUAAACUGUCAUCCAUUAAAGUGGACACCCGCUAUACCACCACACAGCAAGUUGUCAAACUAAUUGGCAGCCACACCAUCAGCAAGGUCACAGUGAAGAUUGGCGACCUCAAACGCACUAAGAUGGUCCGCACCAUCAAUCUUUACUACAACAACAGGACUGUGCAGGCCAUCGUGGAGCUAAAGAAUAAGCCUGCUCGUUGGCACAAAGCUAAAAAAGUUCAGCUGACUCCAGGGCAAACGGAAGUGAAGAUUGACCUUCCUUUACCUAUCGUUGCAUCCAACCUGAUGAUCGAGUUCUCUGAUUUCUAUGAGAACUACCAGGCAUCCACUGAGACCCUGCAGUGUCCACGCUGUAGUGCUUCUGUGCCUGCUAACCCUGGGGUCUGUGGCAACUGUGGUGAGAAUGUGUAUCAGUGCCACAAGUGUAGGUCUAUCAACUAUGAUGAGAAAGACCCCUUCCUGUGCAACGCCUGUGGUUUCUGCAAAUAUGCCCGAUUUGACUUCAUGCUGUAUGCUAGGCCAUGUUGUGCAGUGGAUCCUAUUGAGAAUGAAGAAGACCGAAAGAAGGCUGUGACCAACAUCAACACCCUGCUGGACAAAGCUGACCGGGUUUACCACCAACUGAUGGGUCACAGGCCCCAGCUGGAGAGCCUGUUGUCUAAAGUUAAUGAAGCAGCACCAGAAAAACCCCAGGAUGACGCUGGAGCAGGUGCAGGACUUGGUACAUCCUCUGCUAAUGUGAACAGAUAUAUUCAGCAGCUGGCUCAAGAGUACAGUGGAGACUGCAAGACAUCAUUUGAUGAGCUUUCCAAGAUUAUACAGAAAGUGCUUGCAUCCCGUAAAGAGCUCUUGGAGUAUGAUCUACAACAGAGAGAGGCUGCCACAAAGUCAUCCCGAAGUAGUAGUACCCAUCAGCCCACAUUCACCGCCAGUCAGUACCGCGCCUUGUCUGUGCUGGGCUGCGGCCACACCUCCUCAACCAAGUGUUACGGCUGUGCCUCAGCUGUCACGGGUCACUGUAUUACACUGCUCCGUGCAUUGGCCACUAACCCUGCCCUCCGACAGAUCCUGGUCCUCCAGGGUCUCAUUCGUGAGCUGUUUGAGUAUAACUUGCGGCGGGGUACUGCAGCCAUGAGGGAGGAAGUGCGCCAGCUGGUUUGUCUCCUCACCAGGGAUCAUCCAGAAGCCACUCAGCAAAUGAAUGACCUCAUCAUUGCCAAGGUGUCCGCUGCCCUCAAAGGUCACUGGGCUAACCCUGACUUGGUUAGUAAUUUGCAGUAUGAAAUGCUGCUGCUGACAGACUCAAUUUCCAAAGAGGGAGGAUGUUGGGAGUUAAGAUUGCGUUGUGCUCUCAGUUUGUUCCUCAUGUCAGUGAAUAUAAAGACACCUGUAGUGGUGGAGAACAUCACUCUCAUGUGCCUGAGAAUCCUGCAAAAGCUGAUAAAGCCUCCUGCACCGACUAGCAAGAAGAACAAGGAUGCUGCUAUUGAGUCCCUAACCACAGUUAGGCCCUACAGUAAUGAAAUUCAUGCCCAGGCUCAGCUCUGGCUUAAGAAGGACCCCAAAGCAUCCUAUGAGGCCUGGAAAAAGUGUCUCCCAGCAAGAUGUCAAGAAACUGUGUCAAAGCCUCAGGGGAAGGCUGAGUUGCGAAAGCAGUAUUUGCUUGAAAAGUAUGUUUGGAAGUGGAAGCAGUUCAUGAGGUCCAGGAAGGGUGAAGGCCUGUUCCCUCGCCUGCUUAAACUGAGCCAUAACAACUGGUUGCGGCAGGUUCUUUUCACACCUGCCACACAGGCUGCAAGACAGGCAGCCUGCACUAUUGUGGAGGCCCUGACCACAAUCCCUAGCCGCAAGCAACAGGUCUUGGACCUGCUUACCAGUUACCUCGAUGAGCUGAGUGCAGCUGGAGAGUGUGCUGUGGAGUACCUGGGUCUGUACCAGAAGCUGAUCAAGCCAACACACUGGAAGGUUUACCUGGCUGCCCGUGGAGUUCUGCCCUACAUUGGCAACCUGAUCACCAAGGAAAUAGCCAAUCUUUUGGCUCUGGAGGAGGCUACACUGAGCACAGACUUACAGCAGGGCUACGCCCUCAAGAGCUUGACUGGAUUGCUGUCCUCUUUCGUGGAGGUGGAGUCUAUUAAGCGGCAUUUCAAAAGUAAGUUGGUUGGCACAGUGCUAAACGGUUACCUGUGUCUGAGGAAGUUGGUUGUGCAGCGCACCAAGCUCAUCGAUGAAACUCAGGACAUGCUUCUUGAGAUGCUGGAGGACAUGACAACAGGUACUGAGUCUGAAACUAAAGCCUUCAUGGCUGUGUGCAUUGAGACUGCAAAGAGGUACAACCUGGAUGACUACCGGACACCUGUAUUCAUUUUUGAGAGACUGUGCAGCAUAAUCUACCCUGAGGAGAAUGAGGUGACAGAGUUCUUCGUGACCCUGGAGAAGGAUCCUCAGCAGGAAGACUUUUUGCAGGGCCGCAUGCCUGGAAACCCCUACAGCAGCAAUGAGCCUGGAAUCGGCCCUUUGAUGAGGGACAUCAAGAACAAGAUCUGUCAAGACUGUGACCUGGUGGCACUUCUGGAGGAUGACAGUGGCAUGGAGCUUCUGGUAAACAACAAAAUCAUCAGUUUGGAUCUGUCAGUGGCAGAGGUGUACAAGAAGGUGUGGUGCCCGACAAACGAAGGUGAGCCCAUGAGGAUCAUCUAUCGAAUGAGAGGUCUACUCGGCGAUGCCACUGAGGAGUUCAUAGAGUCACUGGACUCAACCACAGAUGAGGAGGAAGAUGAGGAGGAAGUGUACAAAAUGGCAGGAGUCAUGGCACAGUGUGGAGGACUGGAGUGUAUGCUCAACCGGCUGUCAGGAAUCAAAGAUUUUAAACAAGGAAGACAUCUGCUCACUGUUUUGCUGAAGUUGUUCAGCUAUUGUGUGAAAGUGAAGAUCAAUCGGCAACAGCUUGUCAAACCGGAGAUGAACACACUCAACGUCAUGCUGGGAACUCUAAAUCUGGCUUUAGUGGCUGAACAGGAGAGUAAAGACAGCGGUGGCGCCUCAAUAGCAGAACAAGUUCUGAGCAUAAUGGAGAUCAUUCUGGAUGAAGCCAAUGCUGAGAUUUCAGAGGACAAGGGUAACCUCUUGCUCACAGGAGACAAAGACCAGCUUGUCAUGCUGUUAGAUCAGAUCAACACUCCUUUUGUGCGCUCAAACCCCAGCGUGCUGCAGGGUUUGCUGCGCAUCAUUCCAUACCUGUCUUUUGGUGAACUGGAGAAAAUGAAGAUUUUGGUGGAACGUUUCAAACCAUGUUGCAGCUUUGACAAGUACGAUGAGGAGCACAGUGCAGAUGACAAAGUGUUUUUGGAUUGCUUCUGUAAAAUUGCUGCUGGAAUAAAGAAUAACAGCAAUGGGCAUCAGCUAAAAGAUCUUAUUCUCCAGAAAGGAAUAACACAGAGUGCAUUGGACUACAUGAAGAAACAUAUCCCAAAUGCAAAAAAUCUGGAUGCUGAUGUGUGGAAAAAGUUCCUUUCUAGACCAGCUCUACCCUUCAUUAUCAGACUGCUCCGUGGUUUGGCUACUCAGCAUCCACCCACACAGGUGCUGAUAGGCACAGAUUCAAUAACCAACUUGCACAAGCUGGAGCAGGUAUCCAGUGACGAAGGCAUCGGAACUUUGGCAGAAAACCUCCUGGAGGCGCUGAGGGAGCACAGUGACGUCAACUUGAAGAUUGAAGCUGCCCGCAGAGAGACCAGAGCAGAGAAGAAACGUAUGGCAAUGGCCAUGAGACAGAAAGCCCUGGGAACUCUGGGCAUGACGACCAAUGAGAAGGGGCAAGUUGUUACAAAGACCUCACUUUUGAAGCAAAUGGAGGAGCUGAUAGAGGAGCCGGGUUUGACUUGUUGCAUCUGCAGAGAGGGCUACAAGUUCCAGCCAACCAAAGUUCUGGGUAUUUACACUUUUACAAAGCGUGUGGCUUUGGAAGAUUUUGAAAACAAGCCUCGCAAGCUGCAGGGCUACAGCACUGUGUCGCACUUUAACAUAGUCCACUAUGACUGCCAUCUGGCAGCUGUCAGGCUGGCUCGUGGGAGAGAGGAGUGGGAUAGCGCUGCUCUCCAGAAUGCAAACACCAAGUGCAAUGGCCUGCUUCCUGUGUGGGGGCCACAUGUGCCAGAAUCUGCCUUUGCUACAUGCUUAGCAAGGCACAACACAUACCUUCAGGAGUGCACAGGCCAGCGGGAGCCCACGUACCAACUCAACAUCCACGACACCAAACUGCUUUUCCUCCGUUUUGCAACCGAGCAGUCGUUCAGUGUGGACACAGGAGGUGGAGGCCGAGAGAGCAACAUCCACCUCAUUCCUUACAUCAUCCACACUGUGCUCUAUGUCCUCAACACUACAAGGGCUACGUCCCGAGAGGAAAAGAACCUGCAGAGUUUCCAGGAGCAGCCAUGUGAGAAAUGGGUGGAAAACUCAUAUGAGGUUGAAGGACCACACUAUUUCACCAUCCUGGCCAUGCACAUCAUGCCGCCUGAACGGUGGAGAUGUUCACGUUUAUACUUCCUCCGAAGACUCCUGGUCACUGCACACGCUCGCAAGAUCUCUGCAGUCUCUACAAAUAAACUUGCAGAUAAAACACCAAAGGAAUAUGCAGUCUACCGCUCACCUCUUCUCUUCUGGGGCCUGGUGGAUCUUGUCUACGACAUGUUCAGGAAAGUACCCACCAGCAACACAGAGGGAGGCUGGUCCUUCUCACUGGCAGAAUAUGUUCGUCACAACGACAUGCCCAUCUACGAGGCCUCCGAGCGUGCUCUCAGGGCUUUCCAGGAUGAACUCAUGCCUGCUGAGUCCUUGUCAGAGUUCUUUGAUGUUGUAGGUCUCCUCUCUGAAAUUCCAGACCCAGACCUCUUCCUACAGGAUUUGUUGAACUCUUUGCCCUGAUCCGACCUCAAACAAUUCCCUUCUGACACACAACAGCCCUGCAAAUAAUGUUUGAGACCUACCAGCUAAAAGAAAUUAAGUAAAAAAAUUCUCGGUUUGCACACGAAUACACACCGAGUACACACAAAUACUAUACACCAUGCUUCCUACUCAACUCCCAUCCCUCCCAUAUAACAUCUCAAAGUUAACUAAAGAGAAAUUAAAUGUAGUAUUAAAAAAAGAAACUUCUACUUUUGGCAACAUCUCUGUAACACAGACGCACCGCUGUCAAAGAUCAAGGAGGAUUUAAACUGCUUUGGUUUAGAGUCGGAAGAAGACGUGGCCCGGGUUUUCCAGCUUGACAGAAAAAGAAAUUACAGGACUCAACUUGACGAUUGAAAACAUUUGAUGUAUUUUCUGGUUUAUAACUGUUACACCAUCACAACUAAAAUUUCACACUGUACUUCCUGUCUUGACAGGCUGAGAAUUAAGCUGCUCACAUAAAAUGCUAAUAAUCUGGUUGAUAGAAAAGACUUGUGAAUUCUGUUUUGGGGUCAUCAUAUUUUUGGCUUUAAACCCCUAAUUACAGGCUGCAAUGUUAAGGUAACUAAAAUGUUUUGGGGUCUGACCCACCACAUAUUAAGAGUGGCAUUUGAUUUUAUCCCGUUUUUCUUUUUGUUUGUCAUCAGUUCGUUUUUGGUCAGUUUUUUUUUUUUAAUGGCAGAAGGUUUGAUUGCCACAUUUGCAAACUCCUGUCCCUUUUUUCGGGAAUAUUGCUUUUUGGUCUACAUGUGGGUUCUAACUGGAAUUUGAGUGACGUGGGUGGGGGGAAGGAGAUAUGUUUAAGGUUUCUCUUAUCGACCCCAGAAUCAAAAUGGGGAAAAUCACAAUGGAAGACUUUUUUUUUUUCAUCCAUAAAGCUAUGCCUUUGAAAUAAAGUUUGAACUUAUGAAAGAAUCCAUCUGUUGCAAUGAAAGACUUGUCAAAGUUAAUAAUAAAACAGACUUGCAUUAUA